ACAGUGCUUCUUCGUGCCCAUCUCCGGUGACGGCGCUGCUUUCAGCCUCUCUCUGGUGACGGUGUAGCGUAAUACUUCUCCAUCGACCGCGCAACAUAACACAAUAGUGUAAGUGUGUUUGGAGACUCAAUCUUGUGAACAAAAUGGAAUCAUCAUAUGAGGAUAUUCGACGUAAAACAAUGGAAGAGAAUAAAAAAAGGAUGGAGGCUCUCAAUCUAACUCAUCUCUCUCAAUCCCUUCACAAAUCUUCUUCCACCAUUUCAAAAACCUCACCGCGUUUCACGAAGGGUCGGCCGAGGGUUAUACUACCAGGAGAUCUUCAAGUAACCAAAAUGAAGCACUUGCGGAGACAUGGUUUACAACCAACGUUCCAAGUGAUAGAACCACUACCAUCUCCGAUGACAACACCGACAAAUCCACCAUCUUCUCAAGCACCGCCUUCUCAAGCACCACCUUUUCAAGCACCACCUUCUCAAGCGACAACAUCGCUAGCUGUGCAAACGAUAGAACCACAUCUUUCUCCGGUGACAACAACACCAACUACUGUGCAAGCGACAGAAGCAACACCUUCUCAAGUGACAACACCAAGAUCAGUGCAAGAGACAGAAACAACACAUUUCCAAGAGACAUCCUCUCACUCUGAAGAUGUGGUAGAAGAUGAGCCAGAAAUUUCUCAAAAAAGGAAUUUUACAUUUUGGGAUGUAGAAGUCAUUAAUGAGGCGGGACAUAUUUCAAAGACACACUUAAGGGUAUCAGACGUGCUUGAAGCUCCUCCUAAUGUUAGCAGAAUAAUAACUAGAUGGAAUUCAAAUGGGCAACCGGUAGGAUCAGCUGCUGGUUUGUUAGGCGGUUUUUUGGGUGAAAUUGCAAGGAAGUUUAAGGAUUUUCCUAUAAUGUACGACAAUUGGAAACUAGUUCCAUCGACAAGAAAAAAUGAAAUUUUUAAGGAUAAAAUACAGUCAAAAUUUGUUGUCGAUGAUAAAGACAACAAAAAAUAUAUCCUUUCAAGCCUUGGAAAGAAAUGGCGAGAUGCACGAUGUAGGUUGUUUAAGAAAUUUUAUAAGUGGGACAUUUCUUUGGAGGAAAAUCUACAAAAUUAUCCACGUUCUAUUAAUCAAGACCAUUGGACUAUUUUUGUCCAAUACAGGCGUAAGACAGAUACAAUGGAGAAGGCUGAUAAAAAUGCUGCAAAUAGAGAAAAGCUAAAGAUCCUUCAUACAUUAGGCUCUAAGACGCUUGCAAGGAAGAGGGAUGAGUUGGAACUGAGAGAUGGUCGAAAAUACAGUAGGGGUGAAAUGUAUUCAAUUUGUCAUAAAAAGUCUGAUGGGUCAUUUGUCAACGACGAAGCCAAGGAAAAAUAUGAACAAUUGCAAGCUGAAAUUGGGAAGACUCCUUCUCCAAAUGAAGCAUUUGUUAAUGUGUUUGGAAAAGAACAUCCUGGAUAUGUUCGUUGUAUGGGACUUGGAAUAACACCAUCACAAAUUACUACAUCUACUUCUCACUCUGUAAGAUCGAUGUCUUCCUCUGAAGCUAAUGAAAAGAUGGAGAAAAUGCAAGCUGAAAUUGAUAGGCUUAAGAAAAGGGAUUCUGAAGUUGAUAUGUUGAAGGAGCAAAUUGCUUUCUUGAUGCAAAUGCAAAAUUCUAGAGACAAACAGGCAAUGGACAUAGAAUCGCCAAUAGAUGGUAGACGUUCAUCUGAGUCCAGCCACCAACCUGAUGAUCGUGGAACAACUUCAUUAGGGACUAAUUAGAUAUUUGGAUGAACUUCUAAGUUUGAUGGAGUUGUUUUGUAUUGUUAGCUACUC